AUGCCCAAAGCAAUCGUCCUCACCACCCCCCCCACCCCCUCCCUCGUCCUCGACCACCCCUUUCCUCCCCUCCGGGACGGCUGCAUCCGCGUCCAAGUCAUCAGCGUGGCCCUCAACCCCACCGACUGGAAAGCCGGCCACCGCAGCCCCGCCGGCGUCGCGGUGGGCUGCGACUACGCGGGGAUCGUCGAGGAAGUCGGUCCGGGGGUCACCAAGCCCUUCCGCGUGGGCGACCGCGUCUGCGGAUCGGUUUUCGGCUGCAACCCCAAGUACCCAGCCGAGGGCGCCUUCGCCGAAUACGGCGUGGCGAUUGCAGACACCCAGAUGGCCAUCCCGGAUCGACUUGGCUUCCAGGAGGCCGCGACUCUGGGCGUGGGCAUCAUCACCGUUGGACAGGCCCUGUAUCAGAGUCUGAAGAUGGCGCCGCCCGAGGCGCCGCUGACCCAGCCCCAGCCCAUCCUGAUCUACGGUGGCUCGUCGGCGACGGGCACCCUCGCCAUCCAGUAUGCCAAGCUGUCCGGGUAUACGGUGCUGACGACGUGUUCGCCGGGGAACUUCGAGCUGGUGAAGGGGCUGGGUGCGGAUCGGGUCUACGACUAUAAGGAUCCCGGCGCGGCGGAGGCGAUUCGCGAGGAUACGGCCGAUGGGUUGGUUUUGGUCCUGGAUACCAUCUCGCUGGAGUCGAGCGCGGAGUUCUGCGGACGUGCGAUCUCCUCUCGCGGGGGUGACUACUCGGCUCUCAAUAAUGUGAACGUUCCCCGCGAGGAUGUGCGCAGUCGCUUUACUCUGGGGUAUACCGUUUCGGGCGAGGAGUAUAACUUCCGCGGAAUGGUUAUUCCGCCCAAGCCCGAGGAUAGGAUCUUUGCGAGCGAGUUUGUGGAUAGGGCGAGUGGGUUGUUGGCGGAGGGCAAGGUCAGGCCGCAUCCGUUGGAUGUGAGGGCUGGUGGGCUGCGCGGGGUCUUGGAGGGCUUGAAGGAAAUGCAGGAGGGGAGGGUCAGUGGGAGGAAGUUGGUGUAUAAUGUGGCGGAUACGGAGUGAGCUGCUCAAGGUGGAUAAUGUGGAUGUGAAGGGUUGGACCAGGAUGUACAGAGCUAACAUGUAUUCGUUCUAUGUGGCAGCGUUCGCUAGUGGAAUUUCAUGCCCCAGAUGACUGGCUCUCGAGUAUUGAGAGUGUCGCAGAUAUCAUGAUCGGAAACUCCAUCGAGAGGCCCGUUGGUCGACUGGUGGUUUGCCACGGGAGAUGGCGAUGGUUGUUUUGCAUCUGCGGAUAGGGCUGCGUCAUAGCGGAACUUGCCCAUCAGACUUGGUCUGGCGAGCACUGUCUUGAGAGAAGAUUCCCUCAGCUCGGUGAUGUAACCAGGCAACAGAAGAACAAAGAAGGCGUAUACUACCUACAAGGAAAAUAGGCACAAUCCCUGGUUGAACACUCCCACGGCCCGAGCCUUUCAUCAACCAGGCCAUGGAUGAUGGAAUACUCCUCCAAGGUCGACGACAAGCCAUAAACUCUC